AUGGCCCGCAAGAAGAUUAGGGAGUACAACUCCAAGACACUGCUGAAGGUGCACGCGGCGCGCCUGGGUGGGCUCGAUCUCCCCAUCCGGGUGGCCCAGGUGAAGGCGGACACCGAUUUCGGGGCGCUGGUGACUGCCCACCCCUGGCUCAGCACCACCCCUCUGGUGGUGAAGCCGGAUUGCCUGUUUGGGAAGCGGGGCAAGCAUGACCUGGUGGGCCUCAAGCUGGACCUGGCUGGCGCCGAGGACUUCAUCGCCCAGCGCAUGGGCAAGUACUACCUGUGCAUCCAGAGCACGCGUGCCGGCACGGACCUGUCCUUCUCCGAGGCCGGCGGCGUGGAGAUCGAGGAGCACUGGGAUCAGGUGCGCAGCGUCAGCCUGGCGGUGGGCGAGGCGGUGACGGGCGAGGCCCUGGCCCCCCUGCUGGCCACGCUCCCCCUGGAGCUGCGCCCCGGGAUGGAGGCCUUCCUGGCCACCGCCCACGCCGUGUUCACCGACCUGGACUUCACACUGAUGGAGAUGAACCCCUUCACGCUGGGCCCCGACGGCGCGCCCUUCCCGCUGGACAUGCGCGGCGAGCUGGACGACACCGCCGCCUUCCGCAGCGCCAAGAAGUGGGGCGACCUGGAGUUCCCCCUGCCCUUCGGCCGACGGCUGGGCCCCGCGGAGGCCGCCGUCGCGCGCAUGGACGAGGGCACCGGCGCCUCGCUCAAGCUUUCCGUGCUGAACCCGCGCGGUCGGGUGUGGACCAUGGUCGCGGGGGGCGGUGCCUCCGUCAUCUACGCCGACACCGUGGGCGACCUGGGCGCGGCCGACGAGCUGGGCAACUACGCCGAGUACUCGGGUGGGCCCAACGCGGCCGAGACCCACGCCUACGCGCUACGCCUGCUGGACUGCACCACCGCAGGGCCCGACGGCCGCGCGCGCGCGCUGAUCGUCGGCGGCGGCAUAGCCAACUUCACCGACGUAGCCGCCACCUUCAAGGGCAUCAUUCAGGCCAUCCGCGAGCGCGCCGACGCGGUCAAGGCGGCGCGGCUCAAGCUGUUCGUGCGGCGCGGGGGCCCCAACUACCGCGCGGGCCUGGACGCGAUGCGCGCGCUGGGCUCCGAGAUCGGCAUCGACAUCGAGGUAUAUGGCCCGGAGGCCAGCAUGACCGGCAUCUGCAAGCUGGCCAUCGACCACCUGAAGGACAGCGAUGCCCGCGACGCAAAGGCUGCCCAGUGA